AUGUCGGACUUUCAAAACAUUAGAUCUCGUCGACGAAUUCCAGAACCGAACUCAUACUCGACCGUUGAUUUCGAACACGAUCCAGAUCAAAAGAAUCACAAACCAGCCCCUGGUGCCCCCGGAGGAAUCGCUUACAGCUCUUUUUCAACCGUUUUUAACGCAUCCGCUUCUCAACUUUGGAAUUCUGCGCAGGAGGCGCUUACAUCGUCCUACGACACUGCGGAAGGCGUAGAACCCUUCGACGCCAAUCGAUCGAAAGUUGCAGAAGCACUUGAAACAUUGAGUAUUUUUGGAAACCCUCUCGAUCACAUUAUUAUCACCAUGCCUUCUCGAGAUCGAACUUCAGAAUUCCAGGCAACAGCCAAGUCAGCGCAGAUGAAAGCAGCGGCCAACGGACAUCGACCUCAUCAGAAACAUGAGAUGCUCGCCGAAUCUGUGCAAUUCAACUCGCACGCCAAAAGAAUUGGCCGAGAAUUGAGUCUAACUUGUGCCAAAAUGGAGAAACUUGCUGAGCUCGCAAAAAAGAAGAGCAUGUACGAAGAGCGAUCGCAGAUCGAACACCUUUCAUCGAUUGUCAAAUCAGAUUUGACGGGUUUGAAUAAACAAAUCGCCCAACUUCAAGAAUUCUCUAAAAGGCGUGCUGGACAUUUAAAUGAUCAAAAUAAUGGACACAGUCAUUGGGUUGUUGUAGGCUUACAAUCGAAACUGGCCAAUGUAGGCAGAGAUUAUGAAAACGUUGUUGUAAUCAGUACUGAAACGAUGAAGGCUGAGAAGACUCGUCGUGAUAAGUUUUCAAGCGGUGCACCACUGCCAAUGGGCCUUCCAUCAUCGUCAUCAGGUGCAAACGUUCGCUCCAAGCUUCUUCAAGAUGAUGAGCAACAUGGCUCUUCAAGUAUUGCAUUGGAUAUGGGUGCAGUGGACAACUUUCAAACUCAAAGAACCAUGCAACACCGUGAUACCUCUCUGGAGUACGCGCAAGCUCGAAGCAAUACAAUGGCCACAAUCGAAGGAUCCAUUUCCGAACUGGGUCAAAUAUUCUCUCAGUUAGCAACAUUAGUUAGUGAACAAGGAGAAAUGAUCACGAGAAUUGAUUCGAAUGUCGAAGAUACUGCUCUCAAUAUCGACAUGGCUCAGUCAGAACUUGUUAGAUACCUCCAGAAUAUCAGUAAAAACCGCUGGCUAAUGAUUCAAAUAUUUGGAGUUCUUAUGGUUUUUUUCGUUAUGAGAAUCUCAGCCGGAUGGAUAUUUGGUGGCUCGUGCGUGGCGACGGCGGCCACCGUACUCAACGCAUUCGUCGUCAACAAACAGUUUUAUCCUGCAAUUGUAUAUCUUUCGAAGAGUAAUGCCAGUAUGGCAGUUCUCUAUGUACAAGGACUUGUCCUAGUCUAUUUAAUGUUCCAGCUUCUGAAGUCAAUUUUGUUUGGAGAUUUGAGAGCUGCGGAAGCAGAGCAUCUAUCGGAACGUACGUGGCAUGCAGUUCUAGAGACAUGCCUCGCAUUUACAGUUUUUCGUGAUGAUUUCUCAGCAAUAUUUGUCAUGCAAUUCAUCGGUCUACUAUUUAUCAAAUGUUUCCAUUGGCUGGCAGAUGAUAGAGUGGAUAUGAUGGAGAGAAGUCCAGUUAUCACACUCCGAUUCCAUCUUCGAAUGAUGACUGUAUUAGCUGCUCUCGGAUUUGCUGAUUCAUAUUUUGUGUCAAGUGCUUAUUUCACAACAAUUACCCGAGGCGCCAGUGCUCAGAUUGUGUUUGGAUUCGAAUACGCGAUUUUGCUAGCUCUUGUGCUUCAUGUAACUAUCAAGUACUUGUUGCAUAUGCAUGAUCUUCGUAAUACACAAUCAUGGGACAACAAAGCAGUUUACCUUCUUUAUGCAGAGCUUUUUAUCAAUCUGAUUCGUUGCUUGUUGUACGGAUUUUUCGCAGUCAUCAUGCUCCGAGUACACACAUUCCCAUUGUUCUCCGUUCGCCCAUUCUACCAAUCAGUUCGAGCUCUUCACAAAGCAUUCCUCGAUGUUAUUCUAUCAAGAAGAGCUAUCAACGCUAUGAACAGUCAGUUCCCUGUUGUAUCUUCCGAUGAGCUGGCAGCAAUGGAUGCUACCUGUAUCAUUUGCCGCGAAGAAAUGACUGUUGAAGCAGCUCCGAAACGUCUUCCAUGUUCUCACGUGUUCCAUGCCCACUGUCUUCGCAGCUGGUUCCAGAGACAACAGACAUGUCCCACUUGCCGCACAGACAUUUGGCAAGGAAGAAACGGUGCAGCUGGUGCUAAUGCUGCAGAUGCUGCGAGAAACGCCGAUAACAACGCUGCGGGAGCACAACCUGCCGCUGGACUUCCUCCAUUCCUUCCAUUCAUUGGACACCAGUUCGGAUUCCCUCAACAAGCGAUGGGUGUUCAAGCUGGUGGAGCACAAGCAGGAGGACAACCUGGACCUUUCCCACACCAAAUAUUCUAUGCACCGGCCCCAGCAAAUCGCCCAGAGUUUAUGAAUAUGAUGCCUCCUCCACCAAUGGCCAUGGGUGGUCCGCCUGGGAUGUUCCCAAUGAUGCCACCUCCACCUAUUCCUCAAGUGAAUGGAACAACAGGAAAUGCGGAGCCAAUCAUUCCUCCAGCUAAUCCAUCGUAUAACCUACUCACAAUGGAAGAACUUCAUCGAUUGGAGGGCAAUACCCGAGAUGCCAUCAUUGCACGACUUCAGGCUAUGGAUAAUAUCAUGGUCCUUCUUGAAUCUGCACAAAUGCAAAUGGUUCAGUUGGCUGCUGUUACACCACUGAGACGUAAUGUUGUCGUUGUUAACACGGAAGUAUCGGAAGAAGAAGCACCUGCAACUGAAACAGUGCCAACAGAUGAGCCUACUCAAGAAGCUGAAGCGACAUCGUCCACCACUCCUCCACAACCUCGUUCAAUUUUCCGUGAUAAUUCAUUUAACACCCCACAACCAUCAACGUCUUCCGCACCCCCCGUUCCUUCAUCUCCCUCUACAUCAACAGGACCAUCGACUUCUUCUCGAACUCCAGAAGCCGAAGAAGUUCGUCAACGUCGACUGGCUCGUCUACUCGGAGAAAAUCCCAACCAGCAGUCCUAA